AUGAAGGCAGAAGAAGUAGAGGUGAAGCUGCUCUCUGAAGGACUGAAGAGUCCAAACUGUCAUCUGGAGAUUCUGAGGCUAUGUGGAUGCACACUUACUGCUCAGUCUUGUGAAAGUUUGUCUUCAGUUUUACAAUCCUCAAACUCAAACAUCCUGAGAGAGCUGGACCUGAGUAACAAUGACCUGCAGGAUUCAGGAGUGAAGCUGCUCUCUGAAGGACUGAAGAGUCCAAACUGUCAUCUGGAGAUUCUGAGGCUAUGUGGAUGCAGUCUUACUGCUCAGUCUUGUAAAAGUUUAUCUUCAGUUUUACAAUCCUCAAACUCAAACAUCCUGAGAGAGCUGGACCUGAGUAACAAUGACCUGCAGGAUUCUGGAGUGAAGCUGCUCUCAGAAGGACUGAAGAGUCCAAACUGUCAUCUGGAGAUUCUGAGGCUAUGUGGAUGCAAUCUCACUGCUGAGUCUUGUAAAAGUUUAUCUUCAGUUUUACAAUCCUCAAACUCAAACAUCCUGAGAGAGCUGGACCUGAGUAACAAUGACCUGCUGCAGGAUUCAGGAGUGAAGCUGCUCUCUGAAGGACUGAAGAGUCCAAACUGUCAUCUGGAGAUUCUGAGGCUAUGUGGAUGCAAUCUCACUGCUGAGUCUUGUGAAAGUUUGUCUUCAGUUUUACAAUCCUCAAACUCAAACAUCCUGAGAGAGCUGGACCUGAGUAACAAUGACCUGCAGGAUUCAGGAGUGAAGCUGCUCUCUGAAGGACUGAAGAUUUGA